CCCACCUUUUUUCAUUGUUAAGGACGCGGUGGAAUGUGAUGGUUUGAUCUCCAACGGGCCAGGGAGGGGAAUAUCCGAGAGGAAAGGACCGACGAAAGUGAUUUAGGGAGAGGGGGAAGCCAAAAAACGCAUUCCCCCCCUGCCGCCUCCAGCUCUCCGGGUUGUGUGUGAGAAUAUGUGGAUGAACUUGUCCUCGGCGUGUCGGCAGCAGCGAGUCCUCCCGUCCGCAUGAGCUCAAGCCGUGUGAAGUUGUGGAUUUACCGCUGCGUUUUUCUGACCCGGCGGUGGACCGGCUAAGGAUGGAGACUUUGGGAAGAGGAGCUUAACGUACGAUAACAGAAGGAUGCAUCUUAAAUAUGACAGAUUCCUCUGCUAAACGCCACUCUGAGGGAACUUCCAAGUCUUAAAGUGACAGCGACAGACCGUGGAGAGAAAAGAGUAUUUCCCUGAGAACCUAAAGGACUUGAUAACACUGCCACACAAAUGUGGACCUCCCAAAACAUUGUCAUCAAAUAAUCUGAACGACAAAACAAACACAGAUAUAAUACAAAGAAUUUGUAGCCAUGUCUGACCAUAAAGACAUGACCCAUCGCCACCUACGGCACAAGCUACAGAGUCUCGGACGAAGACUGGAUGAACUGGAAGAAGCAACCAACAAGCUGCAGAAGUCUGAGGAUGAGCUUCUUGAUCUGCAGGACAAAGUCAUCCAAGGAGAAGGCAGCAACUCAUCCCUGCUUGGAGAUGUGGAGGAACUGAGGAAACGUCUCCUAAGGAUCCAGGGUAAGGAUGAGGAGGUACGCAAAGCUGAGGAUCUCUGCCGCACAGUCAGAGAGAAACUGGAAGAAGAGGAGAGUCUGACAAAGGAACUAAAGGCCGAGAUUGAACGCCUACAACGGAGAAUGGCUGAACUGGAGAAACUGGAAGAAGCUUUUGGGAAAAGCAAAUCCGACUGCAGCCAGCUCUGCCUGAGCCUCAAUGAGGAAAAAAACUUGACCAAGAAGCUCUCGUCUGAGUUGGAGGCCCUCAAGGCACGUUUGAAGGACUUGGAGGGGUCUGAGACAAAGCUGGAUAGAGCAGAGCAGGCAUUGGCCAUGGAACUGGAGAAACUCAAAGGAUUCACCCAGACCUUUAUGAGUGAGCGCAAGAGGCUACUGGAGAAACAGAGGGAGGACGAGAAGAUCAUUCUUAAGCUGACAGAAAAAUUGGAGCUCCAGAAGAAUCGCAUUGGGAUGUCAGCAGAUCCUGGUCGUGCAGAUUUCAUGAGGUCUCGAAUUGAGGACGAGCUCUCAUCCACAGGGCUCCUCACAAGUAAACUGGCUGGGCGCAAGAAGAGCCUUGAGUACUUGAAGUUGGCCGAUGACAGCAUCAGCCUUGUGAACAAAUCUGAGAAUGAAAAGAACAGCGGUCUUGAAGGCUCGCAGGAGGAGGACAACAAGGUAAAGGAGCUGACACAGGAAGUAGAGAGGCUAAAGAACCGCCUUAAACAGAUGGAGAUAGUGGAGGAGGAUCUAAAGAACUCAGAGUCCAAAAAUGGCGAACUUAACGAGAAGUUCCAGAUGGAACGAAACCGGGCUCGCCAACUGAGCGAGCAGGUGGAACAGCUGAGGACGCAGCUGUGCGGAAAAAGUGGACUUGGAAGAAAUGGAACCAGUAAUGUGGAUAAACACGGCAAUGGAAGCACUAACAUUUGCCCCAACAGUCCCGCCAAGGUCCUGGAGAAUGGCAAAGCUGAGAAUGAAGAGCUUGUGAAGGGGGGUUUCAGACAAGAAAAGCCCAAAUAUAGGAGUGCUGCAACUGUUUCAGAGCCAAGUUCCCCCAGACACAGGAACAGGGAGCUCUCUCCUCAGCAUAAGAGAGAAACCAAGCUGAGAAGCAAAGAUCUGAGCCACUCAGAGGAGAGCUCUCCUAAGCCUGUGAGGAGACCCCUCAGUCCUGCUCACAAGAGUAGACACCCAAGGACACCCAAAACCCCAACUACUGCAGUUUCAUCUGAUAACGGAAUAAGAGACACAGGACGAGGAACUGAAGAAAAGAUGAAAGGAGCCACUCCCUCCUCUGUAAACACAACCUCUAGUGAUGUUAAAAAAGCGUCUGUUCUUAGUCGCUACCCACCAGCAGCUAAUGAUCAGAAGCCCCUGAGGACGGCGAACAAACAGACGGAUGGGGAGACUAAAAAGAAUAGAUUAGAAAAGUUUUCAAAAUUGUAUGUAGGUAGCGAUAGCGAAUCCAACAACUCUGAUGUAGUGCCUGACAGUUCCAGUAACAUCAACAGUAUCUCUGCUUUAGAGAAGGACACAGCGUCUGCCUCAGAUCAGGAAUCAACAGACUUGGUUCAGGAAUCUGUCUCUGUAUCUGUUGCCUCCACCCUGUCCAAAGCCAAUGGAGCCUUCACGGCCUACAGAUCCCAGGUCACUCCACUGCUGCCCAACGAUCAGGGAUCUGAGGGUCACUCAUCUGCCUCUGAAACAGAAUCUACCGGUUCAAGACCCUCUGAGCCAGAGCCUGUGACUGAGAUGACUACUUCAACUGUAAGCAGUAGAACUGCAACCUCCAGAUAUCCUAGAUACUCCCACGUCCAUGACUCGCAUUCAGAGGGUUCUUCCUCCAGGAGCUCUUUUGAUGAAGAGCUCCACAACAGAACACUGGCAACUGAGGGAGGCCACCAGGGGCCCACGCACACUGCAACAGGGCUCGAGAUCCAGCGAGUGUGCAGCCCACGCGAGGCGCUCAGGUCAAAAGCUGUCAUCAAGCCUGCGAUCGUCGAGAUAGACAGGAAGGAAGUGAUGAUUUCGGAACCUUUGUCUACAAAUGGCAAACCCAAAAUCUCCACCAAACCUAUGGUGACCACCACGAGUAAAAUGACCAGUAGUAUAACCAUCUACCCCAAUGACCCAAGCUCUUCCAGAACCAGCAGUCGCAGCAGCAGUUUGUCCAGUGAACCCAUGCCGAUCAAAGAACGCCACACCUCCACCAGUAACAUCCUCAUAGGACCCAGCAGUGAGCACCAUGGCAGCAUCUCCGUCCCGUAUGAGAUCUCCAUUCCCAAGAGUGAGAUCACCCUGCGGUCGUGCCAGGACCAGGACUGUGGGAUGGACGACAGCAGUGAUUCCUCAUCAAGGUCCAAACACCACAACACCUCUAGAAUGGAGACCACCGCCAGCCACCUCUGCUGCCCACGAGGCAACUUCAGCCUCCAGUCCCCGGACACCACCUCCGCAGACUUUAACGACACAGAGUCGGGCUUUGAAAGCAGCAGCAGCAGUAGCACCACCACUGUCACCAGCUGGAGACACCAAAGACAAAGCCAACACUCCCAGGAAGACAGUUUACCAGACAUGAAGAAUGUGACUGUGAGAAGCACCUGGAAGAACCGGGGCACUGCGUCAGCAGACGAGACGGGCCGGGGACGAGGGGGCGCGAGGACAAUGACUGAUGGUGGGUCAGAGGAUGAGGCAGAAGCCGUGACAACAUGGAGGGCUUACCGGGCAACCACCUUCGAUACAGAAGAAUCGAUAAACAGCGGAACAGGAGCUGGUGCUGAGGCACAGAAGGGGGGCAGGCCGUCCCCUGCAGAGGUGUACAUGCGUAGGAUCAACAGUGUGGUUACUAACACCAGAGAAGUCGAGGAGCCAGCGCUUCGCCGAGGCAAACGCUCACAGUCUCCCAGUAUGGACGCAAGAGGCCUGGGAAGGACUGUACCCCACGCACCUGUUACCUCUCAGUCCUGGAGCCGAUCCUACACACAACAUCCCCAGGCUGCUGAUAGUGUAGAGCCCAUUCCAAACCCGAGCCACAGCCCAGCCUCCUGGAGGCGGCACCUAGGCAGCAGCGACCCUCACCACCUGGGGAGCUCUUAUGACCGGGCGUCCAAGACAACAGGGGCCUCCUCCUCCUCCAGAGGGGAUGUGUGGGCCAGUCGGGGUCAAGGGUCAGGGGCCAGAGCUGAGGGGAGGAGUGGAGCGGGGAGCAGACCGUGGAGCCAGCGCCACUCUGAGCAUCAUUAGACCAGCUGGGUCUGAGCGGGACUUCUACAGCAAGACGACAGCACUCCAUUAAGCUCUCAAUGGCACAAGGAGGGCCAAACAUCAGUCUCCCAUCAACUAAUGGCUACCACCGUCUCCAAAAGUCAACAUCCCCAGCUUUCAUAGCAAACAAAGCAAAGAAAAAUUGCAGUCGCAGCCAUAUAGAACAACAAACCACAGACCUGACAUCCUUAACUCUGACCCUGAGUGUACGCUGAGACGUGAACAGCUCUUCCUAUCCGGAACUUUCUCUGUCCCAAAAGAGGCAUAAAUGGAAAGACAGUGUCUGUACAGUGUUUUUGGAGGUCGCCUCACCAGCCCAUGUAUCCUCUUCUGCUUCUCGUGUUGGAUGUAUUAUAGUAUAAUCCCGAAACUUGACAAGGGAGAGGCUGGCAUGCUGGGGACGGCUGGGGAUUUUUUUUUCCUGUGUGCCAGAGAGGGUUUAAAGAGAGUUAGAGGAAGAAGGACUCAAACUUUGAGAAUGCCUUUCUCAGAGGACCAUUACAGUGACCUCAAUGGAGCUGGAUAUGUGUCGCUUCUGCAUCAGAAUUUCAACCUUUCUCCAUCCCGAUCUUCAGUCAACAGCAGUACGAUGUUACAGAUGCAUCUUCAUCUCAUAGGGCUGGAUCUUCAUGCAGAGUUCUACACAAACUAAAGUAUCUUUACGUUUUUAAUGUGACCAAAAACAGGAAGCGAAUUACCAUCUUUGCCGACUCGUACCACGAUAUUCACGUACAUGUUUGCUUUGACUGCCAUGUGUGCUUAUUUUCCCGAUUUUCUCACACAUAAAUACACAAAACCAUACAAACACAUGCUCAUUUUUAACUUUUGGUUUAUUUUAAACCCGUGUCACCACUUUCUGGCAUGCAGCCUCAAACUGGAUUUAAUUUGAGGUCUUGGAUGUUGAGCGAACAUUUGCAUGUUUCUAAGUAAUAAAUGAAGAGCACUUGAAAGAUUGUGACUCAGCAUGCACUCUGCUUAAAGGAUUGCUGGUUGGCUGCAUUCAAGGAGCACACACACACACACACACACACAUGCACACACAUUGUGACAGACAGACCGGGACCUUAUUUAUGCUUUUUGCCAUUUUCACCAGUGAUUUUCUUUGUAAUUCGCUUCCUGUUCUGCAUUAUCCUUUCCCCUUCUGCUCAACCAUAUCAAGACAAAAAAAUCAUAGUUUGCACGCAAUGAAAUGCAAUGCACAUGUAGAAAAAAAAUAAUAAUUAGAAGAGGGGGGGCAUUGUUUAUAACCUCAAACCAUGCUACAAUUUCCAUGGUGCUUUGUUUUACAGCUGUUGCAAUUGUCCUCAUUCAUGUAUUUUUAAGAGAGCCAUAGCAAAAUGGAGUUUCUGUUUUAACUGAACAUUAGACAUUCAGAUUACCAGCAAACCUGGCCUGGCGAGGCGGACAUUUUUUUUCAGUGCUGCUGUAAAUAGUGUGGACAUGCCAGCCAGUCAUAGGAAGACUCCUAACCACAAGGAACUGACAGUUCAGCUUGUACGUGACUGGGUUCGCCGUGCGAAUCGUCCCAGCUUAUCUCCAUUUCUUAUUUCUAUAGAGGUGUAUUAUUUUGUUACAUCUUAAAAUAUCAACUCGUGGUUGGUAUGUUGGAGCAAUCUCUCAUUGGAGGGUGCCACUGCAACAAUGGGGGUGCCAUAGAAACCAAUUCAGUAGUGGCCAGUAAUAAAAAGAGGUGUUUUCAUUGAGGUAAACGGUGCAUAUCUAUGACAGAAACAUUGUCAGACUUUUAACAGGUUCCUGCUGGACUCGAUGUAAACUUCGAUCCCACAGCAAAAUUUAUGAAUGUCGCUCUUGAAUGCAGCUGAGAAUGACCAAUUGCUUGUUGCACCGAUCCAACACAACUGCAUUUCUUUUGUUUAUCUGACAAGAUCAUGUAACUGUGACAACUUGGGACAAAUCCGUUGAAGAACUCGGGGGUUUUUAAAGCUCCGUCUGGUUCCUCUGCUGUUAUGGAUUUCAAUGCUGUGUUGAGUCAGACCCUGCUGGGGGUGGGCCGUUUGAGUCUCAGUGCAUUUCUCAGUUCUCCUGUAUUCUACCAGCCGCCAUCUAGUUGUUAUAUUUAUUAGUCUCCAUAUAUGUACAGGUUCUUUUAUUGUGAAGAGAUCUGCCCGCGGUGGCAGGAGCCCAGUCUGUCGCCGCUUCGUCACUUUACUGUUUAUGCAAGCAGGAGAUUAUAUGCAAUCAAUAAACUGUCCCCCCCAUGCAAUGUCUGCAACAAUGUCUGUAAUCAUGCUGUGCAUACAGAUCAGUGAUAACUCCAAACUGAAAUGUUUGUUUACUGUCAGAAUGCACAUGUUCACCUAUGUUUAUUUCCAUUACUCUGUGCUAGAGAUAUCUACAGUAUGUUCAUCUGUGCCUUGAGAUACAGUAAGAGAGGUAGAUUGUCCCAACCAAUCCAGACUUGCACCAUAAUCUUACUCUUGCUGUUCGUAGAAAUGACACGCAAUACUGAUUGUGAGGUUCAGUUUUUUCUAUAACUUUAUAUUUUUUUCCUUCGAGAGAAUUGUUGUAUGGAACGUCGUAAAAGUAUUUUGGUUCAAGUGUAAAAAGUUCUUCGAGGGAACUCCUCCCUGAGGGAUGUCAAAGCAAGGUUCCCUGAGAAAAAGCUAUUUUUUUUUUUCUAACCCAACUUCAAAGUACCCUUUUAAAGAAUAUAGACCGCACCGCCCGAAAAGCUAUGUCCUUUGGAUUUGUCUGUCAGAGUCGCAGGGUGCAGCACAGCCGGAAAGGAUUGCCAUGUGGCCUCUUCAUGGCCGCUGCUGGCUUUAUGAUAGAGCAAAAACAGACCAGACGUACUGUUCAGAGCUCUUAGUGCACAUGCCAAGACUUGAUGAUCAUAUAGUCUUUCUGUGCUUUCUCUGUUAUUGUUCCUACUACCACUCUUCUCAUUUACCAAGAGGGAUUGCCAUCUUCUCCCCAAUCUCUCAUCUUUUCAAGCGAUUCCAAUUUUCCUUUUAGAGUUUUAGCAAAGUGUCCCUCCUUCCCUCCCCCCUUUCCUCUCUUCCUCCCUCUUCCUCUGUUUCUCUGCAUCUUCCUUGGAUUCUCAUUUCCUAAAGGGAAAGCCUUGUCCUAAACAGCCGUGAUAUGUUGUUGGUUCAGAGAGUUGUUUAAUUGAAGGCCAGAGGCCUGUCACCAGAAAGUGAUGGGCAGCUCCCUAAGUAGCUGAAAGGUCAGAGGUCAGGGCUGCAUCUAAUCCUGUCUCUACGUCUUGACUCAGGGCUUCUAAAUACAGGAGAGAGGAAGAGUGACAGCUUGGCAGUGAUGUCCACUUUAGGGAUAAUUAAAAGAGAGGUAUUGAAUGUCCAGUUUCGUCUGAGCUCAUGCUGCCAGAGACGCACGUGGCGUGGUCAACCAACACUGUUGUUAUUAAUAUGACAGCGAGGGCUCUCGUUUUAAAGCCCAACGUGUGAACUGGUGUGUUGUAAGCUGCUGCAGAUCCCCGAGUAAGAAGAUACCGACUGAGAAAUGUGCACGUGUUUGUCAGAGUUGGCACGCAGGGCGGGAGAUUGUUUUUGUUUUUUGUUUUUUCGAGGCUGACAUCACUGUGGGUCAGGAUUUCUGUAUAUAGCAACUCAGUGAUGCAAGUGCUGACGCCCUCCUCAACCCUUAUCCUGCCUUACUGCCCCCCUGUGUCACCUGUUUCCCUCCGCCCAGUAAAUAAUAGAGACAAUCCUCCAAUUUCACCCGUCCUUACUACAACUACACUGUGCAACCUCUAUCGUUUGUCUCUUGCGCUUUCCCUCAUUCCUCUACCUUUCUCACUUUCUGCUUUUAAACCUGUCCCUCCCCCAGCCUGAAGAGAGCAUUUGAGUCGGGGGUCCCAGGAAGAGCCCAGCUGUCGGAAACUGUAGGUUUUAUGACGCGUCGGAGGGUUUCCCUCCUGGAGAUCAGCUUCAAAGAAAGCAGGGCCUUUUUAAAGGGCAAAGUUGAAACUCCAUCCUCUGCUACACAUGAUGCCUUUCUUCCUUACAAGGCCCCAAAGUACACUAACUACCGACUGUAUGUCCACGCCGCCCACUGAAACCCAGCUGGACUCUGUGUGCCAGGAUGAAGACCACUUUAAAGGGUAACUUCAGUAUUUGUUGUGAACCCUAUUUUCCCAUGUUUUUGUGUCAAAGUGACUAAUGGGAACAACAUUUUAUGAAAUUUGUCCGGUAUUGAGCGAGACUGCUACAGCCAGCAGUUGUGAAACAGGCUACGAUGUAAGCACUUGGGGCAUUUGUGCAUCGUCAGUUUACGUCCAUAAAAUGGCUUGUUUUUGCCACUGAUAGGAUCAGAUUGACAUUCUAAGUGUCUGACAACAUUUUGGAGGAGAUCCCUAAAGAGAGAGACCUUUUUGUUAAACCAGAAACAGCUCCAACAUUGCCAUCACUAAACCCACCAGACUCCAUUUAAAAAAGCAGUCACUUUAUAAUCAAGAAACAUGCUUCAUUCAAAGUUGACAGAAACAAAAUAAAACUCACAGAAGAUGUCUUGGUUCGUCUUUCUGUUGUUCAAACAAUCACCAUCUCUAGUUUGUUUGAAAUAAACCCUUAAUUCACUCAGUUAGAUGUGCAAAUAUGCUGGCUCUGUAUGUUCUAAAAUUAAUGUUUUUUUAAAUGGAGUCUGGUAGGUUUGGUGAUGGCGAUUUUGGGGCUGUUUCUGUUUAAGAAAAAGGUCUACCUCUGUAGGGGUUCUUCCCAUUAUGUUGCCAGACACUUAGAAUAACAAUCUCAGCCUUUCAGUGGCAAAAACAAGCACUUUUAGUGGACGCAAAAUGAAAGUGUACACAAGUGCCCCAAGGGGUUACACUGCAGCCUGUUUUGGUGCUGCCGGCUGUAACAGUCUUGCUCAGUACUGGACCAAUUUCAUAAAAUGUUGUUCCCAUUAGUCACGAAGACACAUGGGAAAAUGGGUCCAGGUUGAAAAAACAAAACAAAACAGAAGUUAGCCUUUAAGCUUCUUCCUAUAUGUGUUUUGGGCUGCACAGCACUCUUUACAUGCUAUAGGUCUUAUUCGUUGCUUCCAGUGGUGAGAGCCUGUACAGCGUUGACGUGGUGGAAUGUACUGACUGGUCAUGUGGGACUGACGUGAAGACUUUACAGGUUUUGAGACUUCUAUGGCUUUUGUGGCGCCAUAAAGAAACAGCUGGGGGCUGUUUUCAGAGGUUUUGGCGGUUCCUCUCUUCCCUGAACGAUGGCGGUUUUGCAGAACAUUUGUUGAAUGAGAGAGGCGGUGUGAUGGAGCAGAAUAUUUCGGCUGCGAAUGAUGUGAUUGAAAAUCCCUACAAAGGCAAGAGGUAGUUAAGCGGCGGAGCGAAAAGUGGCUGCUUCCUGCUCAAAUACCAACGUAAGAGUUAACAGAAAUCCUCUUAAGCUCUGGUGGUGUAUGUAUAAACAUCCGUUAUUUACAAGUCAUUGUUUUUUCCCCUUUUAUAAAGUAGACUAGAAUGUACUUAGUGGAGAUUGGCGUGGCGAGGCAGAAAUGGCUCUCGGGCAGCGAGCGGGCCCUUGUCCUCAAAGGCCUCCAUUGUGAAGCCAGGGUCAUGGUGUCAUUGGGUGGCGUAGGCUGUAAUCUGCACUUAACCAGCACUUAACUUUAAGACCUCAAACUACUAAUGCUCCCUUAGUCCCCUUUGUCAAAAAGUUUCCUCUUUUGUGUCCCAGAUUUGUACUUUAACUGAGUUUCAGUAGCUGUUUGCUGAAUGUACCAGUCAGAUAUGUUGUGUGUUUUGUCACCAGCCAAAUUAGAGUAUUUAAAAAAAAUCAUCUCACCAGUGAAAGAAAGGAAAUUGGCAGUGAAUGAAAUGUGUUUGAACAUAUUUUAUUUUGAGGUAUGGCACCCUGUUACGCCUGCAUCUCAGCCUUCUAACAUUGUGCCAAAAUCAUUCCACAGUAUUUCCAGUUUACAGUCGGAGACAGUGCCAAUGCUUCCCUAGGUGGUCACCCUGUCUCUAAGAUGCUGAAAUUAAGGGGAAAUAUUCAAUUUGAUGGUUUUCUUUUUUUUUGUUUUCUGCUUAAUUGUGUUUUUAUUUCUUUGUUAAACAAAAGAUGUCUUAUUUUGGAAGCUAUAUCGGAUAGAUUUUAUUUAAGGAAACUUGUAAUUUUGUAAAGUGGGCCUUAUUAUUGAAAUAUAUUAAGUAUUUGUCCAUCUUGAUUUUAAGAAAUGAUAUUUUUUGCAAGAUAAUGUAUCUUCCUCAUUGUUAUGACACUCCUGGAGAGUACUUUCUUCCUGUAUUUUGUGUUUGUUGUUUUAAUGCGAGACAUUUCUCACGACCUGGAGACAUGACGGCACACCACGGAUCACAGAGAGCGAGAGGAGGCCAGGGUUGUGUCAUAGUCAUUGAAGAAUGAGAGCUAUGUGCAUUUUAUCAGAGCUGAGCAGGUUGGCGGCGCUGAGCGGUUCACCAUGUGUCGUCCCCGUUUUUAUCGGGUGACCAUUCAGUGCUUUCAGCCUCUCUCUCCGCUGCUCUGUUCUCCCUCGCUCGUAAAUUCAGGGUUCGUACAUCUUCUGUGCUGUAUGUUUGUAAGUGCUGCCAAAGAAAGAAGCGUGCAGGCCCCAGACACACACAUGUAUAUAUAUAUAUAUAAAGACACACAGAUAAUCUAAUAGGAAUUAAACAUGUAACUGGAUCUCAUCUCUCUUACACGCAUACAUGCACAGAUACAAGAAUUUCAGGCCUGUACAAUCAACCUUUUUUUUUUAGUGUUUAUAAGUUUGUGCGCAGAAGAAGGAGACUGACAAACAGAGGUGUCAAAUACAAAGCUGUAUGUAGUGAAAUCAGAUCAAAAAGGCGUUUUAUGAUUUAUUCUUACUUCUCCGUGUGUCAGCGAUGCCAGGUGGACUUUGUGGGGAGGCUUUCUUUUUUUCUGUUUUAGACUUAAUACAUUGUGCAUGUUUUAACCUUAACUGUGGCUGGCGCACUCUGCAUGUAGGUCUCUUGAAGCUGCCAACUGUACAGCAGACCAUAUGUAUUCCAAUAAAAAUAAAAACCAACCUGUUUGUAA